AUGCUCCCACGCGAACAUCAGGCGCUUGGUCAGGGUCUCCGACAGCGUGUCGGGGAUGACGUGGAAGAAGAAAUCAAGACAGGGAUUCCUCUUCAGAGGAAGGUCGGCGAGAAAUUAUCCGUCAGAGAUAGACGAGUUCCCACACGUGGAGAAGAAGGUCGGCGAACAGUACCUGUGACCGGCGGUAACCGGGUAAAAAUUGAUUUCUUCUUAGGAAACGUCACCUCGAAGGCUCCGUCACUGGAGGAAGUGGACAAUGCCUCCAGCACUAAGUCAGCUGUGUUGGUUGCGAGGUCGCCCGACAUACAAAUGUUGUUACUGUGGACCGGACCUGUGGUGACAGGCAUUGUUGCAUUGUUAGAUGUGCAGCUAGAAAAGUCAUAUAUAGCCUUGGCCAAUAAAGAGACACUAAUUGAGACACUAAUUGCUGGAGGGCCUUUUGUCCUUCCUCUUGCACACAAGCACAAAGCCAAGAUUCUUCCUCCAGAUUCCGAAUAUUUAGCUAUAUUUCAGGCUUUUGCCCGAAGGUGCUCUGAGGCGCAUAAUUUUGACGGCAUCAUGAAGAACUUUCCGGGUUUCGAAGUUAAAGAAGCUCACUAUCUUUUUGUAGCCGAAUAUGAUGAUAUUAAGAUUGUUGGAUUAGAUAACGGGGUGGAAGAUUACGCAUAG